UCUGCCCUUCAGACGCUGGACCUAGGGCGAAGAUGUGCCCGGCUCCUGAGUAAAGUUGAGGACUGGAAGCGGUUCCUAAUGCUUGCAGCUACGAAAGAUGUUCCACGCUUUCAGCAACUCCUACGGCAGGCCAUCAGGGAUAAAUGCAGUAUCGGGCGCAUUGUCGGGAAGGUUCAAGACGCCCUAGAAGGAAUCUACCAGGCUCGGGGUUAUACAGAAGCUGAUGCUGAUAUGUCCCUCCUUGCUUACCGGCUUGGUGGUCGUAAACUGCUGUACGCGCUGAGUCACCGCUGUGUUAUUCCAUCUAUCAGGCGACUCCGGACCAUGAAGAUAUUCACUCAAUUGAUGCCCAGCUUUGGUGCGCCAAAGGAGGCUGAAAUAGAAUUUAAUAUGGCACAGCUUGUCAAGUCUCGUAUCGAUACUUUGCCAGUGGACAAGGUGCAACUGUUCCAUACCGGUAUGUCAAUCAUGUGGGAUGAGAUCAACGAAGAGAAUGUCGCUUGCUACUUCCCUCACGCUGAUUGCGUUGGGGGGCUUUGUCGUGAGCAUUCUCAGGAUGUCAACAUUAGGCUCACCUCCCUUGAGGCUGCAGAAUCCCUGGCUCACGCUCUCGCCGAUGGAACCGUCCAUUACGGCAAGGAAGCUUCCGUUAUGGCCAUUGGGUCUUUCGGGACUGACUUACGUGGCGCGUUUCCGGUCUUGAUUUCCCCUACCUGCAAGAAGGAGACACCUCAAGAAUCUGCAGUUCUGCUCGAGAAGGUCCUGUCUGCGUGGAAGAAUGUUGGUGAACGUCAUUUUGGGCCGAUCUGGACAUUUGCCUCUGAUGGUGAUGCCGGGCGGCGCGCAAUGGUCCAUGAACUGUUCUCAAAGCAUGUUGUCAAGCCCGGACAUGUAUUGUAUAAAUAUCUUGGACGUCUCCCUGGUUUCAACCUCUGUGUCGGUGAUGAUGAUGUAACUGGCACAUUUGACUGGAAGCAUGAGUUGAAGCGUAUGUGCCUUAUUCUGUCAUGUAGGUACUAUGGACUACAAGUUGGUAAUACGGUCAUCAAGAAUGAUACACUCGCUCGCCAUCUCCUUCGGGCACCGGACAUGACUGAAUAUCGCGUCCAACAGAUCAUGAACCCUGCUGACUCUCAAGAUGUUCCCCGUGCUAUUGAUCUCAUAGAUACCGUCUCCAUAUUACCUUCUGUUUCACCCUCAGAACUCUCCCCUCUUGAUCUCCAGGAGCUUCAAAUAAUCGAGGUCAUUGGUGAAACAUUUGGUGCAUUUCUUGAUGCAUUUAUCAGGACCGACUGGAGUCUCCAGCAGCAGCUUUCUUCACUUAGCAAGUAUGCUCAUAUGGCCAUUGUCUUAUUCCGUCAAAACCGUGUUAGCUUUAUGCCUAACCAGCUCUACGGGGACAUGAUGAAGACCAUCCAUGACAUAUAUGUCUGUAUAGCCAAGCAGAAAGAGCUUGAU